AUGGCAGAAAGCGAGCGGCGGGCAGGCACCUCUGAGGAGGAGGCUCCUCCCCUCCAGCAGAGCUUCAUGAUCCCCAAGAAGGAGAUCAAUGUGGUUUCCGACAUGGCCAAGUGGAAGCGCUCCCAGGCGUACGCAGACUACAUGGGCUUCAUCCUGACACUCAACGAAGGGGUCAGGGGCAAGAAGCUCUCCUGUGAACACAAGGUGUCAGAGGCCAUUGAGAAGCUGCUGGCUCUGCUCAACACCCUGGACAGGUGGAUUGAUGAGACCCCCCCUGUGGACCAGCCCUCACGUUUUGGGAACAAGGCCUUCAGGACCUGGUAUGCCAGGCUGGACCAGGAAGCAGAGAAGUUGGUGGCCACAGUGCUCCCCAAGCAGCUGGCAGCUGCUGCCCCGGAGGUGGCUGUGUACCUGAAGGAGUCUGUGGGGAACUCGACUCGCAUCGACUACGGCACAGGGCACGAAGCUGCCUUUGCAGCCUUCCUGUGCUGCCUGUGCAAGCUGGGGGUGCUGCGCCUGGACGACCAACUGGCCAUCGUCUUCAGGGUCUUCAACAGGUACCUCGAAGUGAUGCGAAAGCUUCAGAAGACCUACAGGAUGGAACCUGCUGGCAGCCAGGGCGUGUGGGGCUUGGAUGACUUCCAGUUCCUGCCUUUCAUAUGGGGCAGCUCCCAGCUGAUAGACCAUCCCCACCUGGAGCCUCGACACUUCGUUGAUGAGAAGGUGGUAAAUGAAAACCACAAGGACUUCAUGUUCCUGGAGUGCAUCCUCUUCAUCACAGAGAUGAAGACGGGUCCCUUUGCUGAGCACUCCAACCAGCUCUGGAACAUCAGUGCUGUGCCCUCCUGGUCCAAGGUCAACCAGGGCCUCAUCCGCAUGUACAAGGCUGAGUGCCUGGAGAAGUUUCCUGUGAUCCAGCACUUUAAGUUCGGCAGCCUGCUCCCCAUCCAGCCCGGCACGUCCUAG